AUGGAGUUUGGUACCUCUGGUCAUCUUAGCGAAGAUGGUAUCCACGUCGAUAUGGAUAGGUUGAAGAAAGGCGAGGUCAAUCUCGGAACCUCAAUCAUGGCUGUCACUUUCAAAGACGGUGUUAUCCUUGGAGCCGAUUCGCGAACAACAACGGGCGCGUACAUUGCCAACCGUGUCACAGACAAAUUAACCCGGGUUCAUGACACGAUUUGGUGCUGUCGUUCCGGCUCGGCGGCGGACACGCAAGCUGUUGCAGACAUUGUGCAGUAUCAACUUGGUUUGUUUGCUAUGCUGAAUGGCAAGCCUCCCACGACACAAACGGCUGCGGCAAUAUUUCAAGAAUUAUGUUAUUCCAACAAAGACCAGUUAAGCGCCGGCCUCAUUAUCGCAGGGUGGGACGAGCGGUAUGGCGGCCAGGUGUAUUCGAUACCCCUGGGCGGUUCUCUUCACAAGCAAGCCUAUGCGAUUGGUGGUUCUGGGUCGACCUAUAUCUACGGUUACUGCGACUCAAACUGGCGGGAGGGAAUGGAGAAGGAUGAGGCAGUUGACUUUGUUAAGGGUGCUCUGAAAGAGGCCAUUCGGUGGGAUGGAAGCUCGGGCGGCGUGAUACGCAUGGUGGUGUUGACACGAGAUGGUGCGGAUCGGCAUCUGUAUUUGCCAGACACGGGGUACGCAGUGCGCCAGCAAUAA